AUGAUGCGCGAGGAGUUCAGCGCACUGCUGGCGGCCCAGUUCCCCCACUCCCUGGAGGAGCGCCUCCCGCGCGGCGAGCCCUUCCCAAGCUACUUCGUGGAUUCCGAGGCGGUAGUCAAUCCGGAUCUGCCUGAAUCGGAGAGGAAGGCUGCUUUCCUGGAGCUGGAGCGCCUCUCCGUGUUUGCUCGGUCCAGCCACCAGCUUCCAACGUGGGGGGCUUGUUGCAGUUUGAAGUGA